AUGCAUUACUCUACAGCCCUGGCAGUCUUGGCCGGCUUUGGCUCCUUGGCAUCCGCAGCGCCCGCUCACGAGAUCCAUGCCGUUGCUGCUCGCACCAACAACAACAACGGCAACAAGAAAAACAGUAAGAACAACAACAACGGCAACAACAAUGGUGCUACCAUUGUCGGUAUCUCGCCUGCAGCAGUUGUUGGCAGCACCCACGUCGUCGUCGAGCAGACGAUUCUCCAGCCGCAGAUCACCGUUGUCCAAGAGAACCUGGACCUUGUCAACCAGCUGGCCGUUGUGGCCGAGCAGGAGUUCUCUGCCCUUGUGCAGUCCCAGCUCGCCCUCGUGAACGAGGUCGAAACCAUCAAGAACAACAUCCGCGUCAACCACUUCGCGGCCCGCUUCUCCCAGGUCAACACCGUCAUUGUGUCCGUCACCGAGCUGGUCGAUCUCCGCGGCGGCGCCGGUAGCCGCAACUCGCGUUACAUGGUCAACCAGCUGCUCGCUGACAACAACAAGCCUGGAAGCACAGUUGUCGUGAUGAUGACUGCCGCCAAUCCCGUGACCAUCAAUGCUGCCCAGCCCACGCUCGACCUUGCUGGUUUGCUGGGCGCUAAUGCGACUGUCCUGCCCUCGGGCGUCGUGGCCUCGGCCGCCUCUGCCGCUUCGGCGUCGGUCGCCACUACCGCAGCGGCCGCAUCCGCCAGCGGCGCCUCCGUCGUGAGCAACGUCAACGCCUCGUCGUCUGGUCUCGCUGGUAUUUCCGGUCUCAGCGGCAACAUCGUCGCCUAUGACCCCAACAACCCGUUCGGCCAGAUCGGCCAGACCGUCAUCCUGCCCUAUGGCUCCAAGGCCCCCAGUCUGCCCAACGGUGCCCAGAUCGUCGUCGACCCUGCCAACAUUAUCCUGCCCAACCAGGCGGGCUUGCUCGUCGAGAACAUUAACCAGUUCAGCCAGGACUGCGCCCUCUACAGCGCCAACAGCUUGUCUCUCUUCAACCUGCAGUCGUCCAUCAUCGCGGCCGAGGCCGUUGCCGCCCUCGAGGCCAGCAGCCUGUCGCUGGGCUCAUCGUCGAGCCUCAACGCGGCUGCCGCUGCUCUUCUUAGCGGUGCUGGUGGCUUUGCAGCCAAUGUUGGCUCUUCCAGCAUCUCUACCUCGACCACGACAACUGCUGCCUCGACUUCGACCGCUGCUGCUGCUACCGCUGCCGUGGCCACCUCCAGCGUGGCCGCUGCCGCUCCGGCUGCCGCAUCCACAGCAGCUGCCGCAGCCGUGGUUGCCGGUGCCGCUGUUGUCUCGCCUGUGGCUCCUGCAGCCCCUGCUACCCCGGCGGCGGCGGGCGGUGUCGGCGUGCAAAUCGUCCCAAUCGCGGCGCCUGCAUAA